AUGGAUCCUCGGCAGCGGCUGUUGCUAGAGAAUGUUUACCAUGCACUCGAGAAUGCUGGGGUCCGCCUCGACCAAGUAGCUUCCUCGAGGACGUCAGUGUUUAUCUUAGCUACGUUACCACAGUCGGUUAUUUUGGCGAAAUCCCCGAGUCUCUUACAAGGCAACUCAAAAAGCUCCGUUGGAAAGGUUGGGGAGGAAGAGAUUCAUGCUCUUGUGGAGUAUUGCAUUGAUCCUCGCAAUUCAUUGACAGAAGCGACAUGCCAAUUGGCUUACGGGCUAGUUCCAGAAACAACAUUUCAUGACCGGCGCGUACCGGUUCCUGCAUAUAUGAAGUACCCUUUAUUUACUCAUCUUCAAGAUACCAAUGCCCACCAGGAGCAUCAACAGACAGUGCAUGACAAGGAUUACAGUCCUGAGGCUGUACUUAGCGCCGCGCAGACCACAGACAUCGCAGCCACAUUCACGCUGGACGCCAUUCAGAAGCAAUUGGCUUAUUUGAUAAGCUCUCCGGGAGAUGAUAUCGACGCAGUAAAGUCUAUUACAGGCAAUAGGGUCGAUUCAUUUGUCGCAAUAGAACUCAGAGCAUGGUUAUUAAAAGACCUUGGAGCUGACAUUACCAUGACUGAUACUAUGGCCUGGAAAAGCUUAACUUGGUAA